AAGUUUCUCAGUCCAACGUCACUGGGUGGGGUAGGAGACCAGCAGCACUACGAGCUCUUAGCCAAAGAUUGAGCCGGUUAAUAUAUUCUACUAAAGGGGGGUUUCAAUGAGGCACUCAAUGGGUUUACUGAUGAGGGAUGGACAACGAUUGGCAAUGAUGGUGUAGAUGAUGUUACUAUUCUAGUGAACUCAUCCCCUGACAAGUUAAUGGGUCUGAAUCUUUCCUUUGCCAAUGGAUUUCCGUCUGUCAGUAAUGCAGUGCUAUGUGCCAAAGCAUCGAUGCUAUUACAGAAUGUGCCCCCUGCCAUUCUCCUUAGGUUUCUGCGGGAGCAUAGAUCAGAAUGGGCAGACAAUAAUAUGGAUGCUUACACAGCUGCUGCUAUUAAAGUUGGCCCUUGCAGCUUAUCAGGAUCUCGUGUUGGAAACUAUGGAGGUCAAGUUAUACUCCCCCUUGCACACACAAUUGAACAUGAGGAGUUUUUGGAGGUCAUUAAAUUGGAAGGAAUUGCUCAUUCUCCUGAAGACACAAUAAUGCCCAGAGAAAUGUUUCUUUUGCAACUUUGCAGUGGAAUGGAUGAGAAUGCUGUUGGCACUUGUGCUGAACUUAUAUCUGCUCCAAUUGAUGCUUCCUUUGCUGAUGAUGCCCCCCUUUUACCUUCUGGAUUUCGCAUCAUUCCUCUUGAAUCUGGAAAGGAAGCUUCCAGCCCCAAUCGCACCCUUGACCUUGCAUCUGCUCUAGACAUUGGUUCCAGUGGAAACCGAGCUUCAAAUGAAUGUGCUGGAAAUUCCAGCUAUAUGAGAUCUGUGAUGACAAUAGCUUUUGAAUUUGCAUUUGAAAGCCAUAUGCAAGAGCAUGUAGCAUCUAUGGCACGUCAAUAUGUUCGGAGCAUUAUAUCAUCGGUCCAAAGGGUAGCAUUAGCACUUUCUCCUUCUCAUUUGAGUUCACAUGCAGGGCUUAGGUCACCAUUGGGUACUCCUGAAGCGCAAACCCUUGCUCAUUGGAUUUGCAACAGUUAUAGGUGCUACUUGGGUGUGGAGCUACUUAAAUCUAAUAACGAGGGGAAUGAAUCUUUGCUCAAGUCCUUGUGGCAUCACUCAGAUGCAAUAUUGUGCUGCACUCUAAAGGCAUUGCCAGUGUUCACUUUCUCGAACCAGGCUGGGCUUGACAUGCUGGAGACCACCCUUGUUGCAUUACAAGAUACACCUUUAGAGAAAAUAUUUGAUGAUCAUGGACGAAAAAUACUUUUUUCAGAGUUUCCCCAGAUUAUUCAACAGGGUUUUGUAUGUCUUCAAGGUGGUAUUUGUCUUUCAAGCAUGGGGCGACCUGUCUCGUACGAAAGAGUUGUUGCUUGGAAGGUGCUGAAUGAAGAAGAGAAUGCUCAUUGUAUGUGCUUUAUGUUUAUGAACUGGUCUUUUGUUUGACAUUUUGUUCUGAGUACAGUAGUGCUUAUUGUAAUCUAAAGUGUUAGAUAAAGAUUUACUCGACACUUGAGCUUUGUUGGUUGGACUUCACUGUAUUUGCGCUAAAUAAUUGGAUUGCACAUUUUAUGACUAUUUAUGUGUUAUUAGCUUAGUAUGUAACUUGUUUCCUUA